GAAAACCAGAAAAUCCAAUAAUUUAAAGCGCCCGAGGCUUCGUUGGGGGGCAGGAAACUCGGUCUUUCCUUCCUUCCUCAGCUGCCUCUAAAUAGUUUCCGUCCGCUUCUUCGUAACCCUAAUUAAUAAUUCCCCCCUCUCCCCAUAAGAUCCCAAAACUCCCCGUCCUUUUCCCCCAAACUCCUCCUCAAAUUCCUUGACGGGGAAUUCUCUUGCGACGAUUGAUCCAUCAAUCAUUUAGUCUUCUUGAUCGUCUCUGAGGGAUCACUCCUUCAUGGCGAAGAGUUCCUUCAAGCUCGAGCAUCCCCUCGAAAGGAGGCAGGCAGAAGCUACUCGUAUUCGGGAGAAGUAUCCGGACAGAAUUCCUGUGAUUGUUGAAAAGGCUGAAAGGAGUGACAUACCAGACAUUGAUAAGAAGAAGUACCUAGUCCCUGCAGAUUUAACUGUUGGGCAGUUUGUCUAUGUUGUUCGCAAGAGGAUCAAGCUCAGCGCAGAGAAAGCCAUCUUCAUUUUUGUCAAGAACACUUUACCUCCCACAGCUGCUAUGAUGUCGGCAAUCUACGAGGAAAAUAAAGAUGAAGAUGGUUUUCUUUACAUGACAUACAGUGGCGAGAACACAUUUGGAUCCUCCUAAGGCAAUGUAACAUUUCUUUGUAGAUAAAAAACCUUGAAAAAUACGUGUAUAUUCUUCCGUCUCCCUAAGUUCUGCCCAUUAGUUGUCGAUGCUUAAAAACUGUGCUGUUUACAUUUUAAAAGUUCUGGACAUAUGAAUUUAAUAUUACAACUGUUCAUGGUGCUUAUAUAAUUUUUACAGUAUUGACUUUUGGCUGAAGUUUUUAAUGUUCACGCAUAAUAGCUUUAUCAAUAAUUGUAUAAAUCUAAAUCUUUAUAUAAUAAAAGUAGGCCUCAUAUCUGUUUCAAGAUAAGUUGUUUUUUAAGGCAUCUCUAUGCAUGAAUUAUGGCUGUUUAAGUUACAAUUACAAUUAUUAGCUGAUUCUGUUGUUACCAUUACAACUGCUUCUGGUGUUUAUAUAAUUUCUACGGUAAUGACUUUUAGCUAAAUUUUUCAAUGUUCACGCAUAGCUUUGUCAAUAAUUGUAUAAAUCUAAGUAAAAGUAGGCCUCUUAUAUCUGUUUCAAGAUUAAGUUGUUUUUUAAAGGGCAUCUCUAUGUAUGAAUGAUGGCUGUUUCAGUUACAAUUACAAUCAUUAGCUGAUUUUAUUGUUGCUGUUAAUUUUUGUUGCGCAUAAUGUAUUCUCACUAUCCAUGUAAAUACCAGGUGUUUUGUUUUUUUUGUUUUUUUUUUGGGUAACAUGAGAGUAAUAACUAUAUUACUAUCCAUGUAAAUACCAGGUGUCCUUUUUUUUUCUUUUCUUUUUUUGGUAACAUGGGAGUAAUAACUAUAUUAGCGAAAGGAUAAUAAAAAUGUAAUACAUGCUGAACGAUCAAAGCCUAAAGCACAGGCCGUACAGAAAGUAGAAGCCCAAAAGAAGGCCAUCCACUCGAAAGGUCUGUAUAGACACAGAACCCUGAGUAUGGUAAUUGUCAGUGACCAGAUAGCAUCCCUGAAAAGAAGCCCAGAUUUGUAUCAAAAAAAAGAAGCCCAGAUGGUAUGCAGAGCUGAAUGAAAUUUGAUCGCCUGAGCUUAAAUGAAGUGUAAGAGUAUCCGAUCCCAGCGACGGGGUUAACAAAACCAUAUACUCAGCAGAGACAGGUAUCGACGUGUAGCAGGCUCUAUAUAAGAAAUCUGGAGCAGGCAAGGCCCAAUAACAUUGAGAGCAAAAUGGAAACCAUUAAGUAUUGAACCUUUGGAGCAAUGAAGAGUAUAGGAGUACAAGCUCCGGUCCUCUAGCAACUGAUUAGUGUGAUUCAGAGGGUUUGUACUUUGUAGUGAAUGAUAUCCCUUGUAUUAACUUUGCAGACAUGUGAGCCAUGAGAAUAUAUGAUAGAACACACCAAAUUUCUUUGCUAAAGCUUGAGAAUGGAAUGGAGAAAAUAAAUGAGCAUGACUGCCAA